AUGAGUUACCUGACCUCUGACCCUAACCAGACAGAGAACAUUGACACCAUUAUCCGACCCCCUUACUUCUUCAUCAGUGGUUUCAUCGACAUCCCCCACAUGGAGUACUAUUACAUCUUCCUCUGCUUCGUAUACAUCAUCGCUCUGAUGGGCAACACCUUUGUCAUGAUGGUUAUCUACAUGGACAGCAGUCUCCACAGCCCCAAGUACAUUGCUGUGUUCAACCUGGCCUUCACAGACGUGUGUGGCAGCACUGCCAUGGUCCCCAAGGUCCUGGAUAUGUUCCUGUUCAGCAGACAGCUCAUCUCCUACAACCAGUGCCUCACUAGCCUCUUCUUCAUCUUCCUCUUCCUCACCAUGCAGUCCUUCAACCUCACCAUCCUCUCCUACGACAGACUGGUGGCCAUCUGCUGCCCACUCAGGUACCAUAUGAUGGUGACUCACAGGUCCAUGUUCCAGCUGACGGGUGCUGCCUGGGCGUUUGCUGUGUUCAUGGUGUUGCUGGCUGUGUGCCUCAUCACCCGACUCUCCUUCUGCCGGUCUCUGGUGAUCAACAGCUACUUCUGUGACCACGGUCCCCUGUUCCGUCUGGCGGCCCCCUGUUCUGAUGUGGUCCCUAACAUAGUGAUGUCUUAUCUCAACCCCAGUAUAGUCCUCUAUUUCCCCAUGGUCUUCAUCAUAUCAUCAUACAUCUGUAUCACACACGCCCUGUUCACCAUCACACUGCCCCAGGACAGAGUCAGAGCCGUGAAGACGUGCACCUCACACCUGAUACUUGUAGCCAUAUUCUACCUGCCUAUUAAUUUCACCUACCUCCUUCACCCAAUCAUACCAACCAACGCCCGGAUCAUCAACCUCUCCCUGACCUUGGUGCUGCCGCCCAUGCUAAACCCCAUCAUAUAUGUUCUGAAGACAGAGGAGUUUAAGGAAUCGGCCAAGAAGCUGCUUAGUAAAAGAGGAUUCCAGAGAGCUGUAGUGCCGGUCCAAUCAACAUGA